UCCUGCACCCUCGAUGACUUGAUCGAGAAAUGCCUUUGCUCCUUUGACUUGGACGGCAACCUGUGUACCAGUGAUUUCAUGGUGAACAUGACGUUAACAGUCCACAGCUGGGUCGUGCCAUCGGCAGAAUUGGCCCGCCGGCUGUUGACUUUGUACCAGGAAGCCUCUCGGGAGAAGCGGCCAGAACACCAGCUCAGGAUCUGCCACUUCAUCCGGUACUGGCUCCUCCACUACCCCGAGGCCUUCCGCGUGGAUCUGCCUUUGGAAGAGGCCAUCGCCGAGAUAUGGGAGGUGGUGAAGAAACAGGGCCAGGAGAGGCAUUGCCAGCUGCUCGACACCUCCAGCACCCUUGACCACAUCCCUCUGCACAGCUACCAAAGCAGCCCCGGCUGCGGCAAGAAGCGGAAGGUGUCGCUGCUUUUUGAUCACCUCGACGCAGGCGAGUUGGCCAACCAUCUCAGUUACCUGGAGUUCAAGGCCUUCUGCCGCAUCUCGUACCUGGACUUCCAGAGUUAUGUUUGGAACGGUUCGGUUCGCGACAGCCCAGCCCUGGAGCGUUCCAUCGCCCUCUGCAACAGCAUCUCCCAGUGGGUGCAGGUCAUGAUCCUCAACCGGCCGACCCCGCAACAGCGAGCGGAAGUCUUCACCAAGUUCAUCCACGUUACUCAGAAAUUACGGUUGUUGCAGAAUUUCAGCACCCUCAUGGCGGUCGUGGGGGGUCUCUGCCACACUGCUAUUUCCCGUCUCAAGGAAACCCGCACUCUCUUGUCCUCCGAGGUCACCAAGACACUAUCUGAGAUGACAGAGCUACUCUCGUCGUUUGGAAAUUACGGGGCCUACCGACGGGCGUACGCCGAUUGCAGCGGCUUCAAGAUCCCCAUCGUGGGGGUCCACCUCAAGGACCUGGUCUCCCUGCAUGAGGCCCUGCCAGACCGCGUGGACGGCGGGCGGCUCAACCUAAGCAAGCUGCAGAGCUUGUAUGAGCCGGCGCGGGAGCUGCGGACGCUGCAGCAGGCCGAACACCCCUUCCGCGCCAACAAGGACCUGGUGGAUCUGCUCACUCUCUCCUUAGACCUCUACUACACGGAUGAGGAAAUCUACACACUCUCGUACGUCCGUGAGCCCCGCUACCCUAAAUCCCUGUCCGUGUUCAAGAACUACGACCCGGAACAACGGGGCUACAUCUCCCAAGAGGAUUUCGAAACCAUCUCCACCAGUUUUCCCUUCUCUUUCUAUGGGCUGGAAAGAGAUCGCGAGGGGCCGUGGAGCCGGGAAGAACUGAUGGAGUACUUCAUGCGGGCGUGUGCCAUCUUCUCCAAACUGGGCCUGGGGUUUCUGCACAACUUCCAUGAGACCACCUUCAAAAAGCCAACCUUCUGCGACAGCUGCAGCGGUUUUAUCUGGGGAGUCUCCAAGCAAGGAUACCGGUGUCGAGACUGCGGGAUGGUCUGCCACAAGCAGUGCAAGGACCAGGUGGAAGUGGAAUGCCAGAGGCGCUUCCACUCCUGCACUCCCGACGGCGGCGCCCCUCGGACGGCCACACCGGCGCCCACCCCGCACCCGAGCUCCGGGUCCGAGGAAGAAGCGUUUCCCUUCCCCCCGGGAAGAGCGCGGAACAAGAGUCACCGAACCCUGUCCGCAAGCGCCCCGGGCAGCCAGCCGAUGAAACACGCCUGCACCCAAACAGAGAACCAGCAGCUGGAGCCCCACGGUGAAGCCGGGACCCCCGGCAAGGUGCAGAGGCAGCUCCUGGAGCAUUUGAAUGCGCUGGAAGAGGAACGGAACAGGCUGCUGCUUGCCAACCAGAAACUCCAACGCCGCAGCUUGGAGCUGGAGGCGGAGAACAGGCGGCUUCUGAGCACGGUGCAGGCCACCCAGAGCGAGCCCUCUGUCACUCUCCUCCUGGAAGGGAUGGACCGCCUACAGCUCCCGCGUGCGUCCGAGGCCUAGCAGCCCCGAAGAAGAAGAGGACAACCGGCAGCUCGGAAAUUCGAGCACUCGAACUAACGGAAUUUAAAAAGGGACUAUUUAUUGAAGGGCACGUCCUAGCCUCCGUGCUGUUUCCCCCUUGUUCAUGGUGUGAAAUGCAACUGGGCUCACUUGCUCGAGCCGCCUCUGUUGUUGUAAUAAAGC